AUGCUAGCUUUAACGACCCAGUCAUCCCCAAAUUCCAUUACGGAUCACACUACUCCAGUGCAGGAACAGUGGUUCUGUAUUAUCUUGUUAGGGUUGAAUCAUUCACUACCCUUGCAAUCAAACUUCAAGGUGGAAAAUUUAAUCAUGCAGAUCGGAUGUUCUCAGAUGUUUCUGGUUCUCGAGCUAUUUUACCUCCCUGAGGUCCUCACAAACGAAAAUUCAAUUGAUUUUGGCACAAUACAAUUGGGAGAAAAGCUUGAUACUGUAAGACUUCCUCCUUGGGCUGAAAAUCCAGUUGAUUUUGUGCAUAAGCAUAGGAUGGUUCUGGAGAGUGAGUAUGCAUCUGCUCAUUUACAUGAGUGGAUUGACCUCAUAUUUGGAGGACAAGAGUUGCUUGUGAAGCAAUUGUUGACACUGGACACUGUUGAGGUUGAAGGUGAAGCGAAAUUGAGGAUUAAGUUACAAGUAUAA